UUUUGGUUCACCCUCAGCAUCAUCGAACGUCAUGCUAGGAAGAUCCGCCACGCUUCACUGCCUGACCAUCUUGGCCCUAGUGUCUACUUUAUGGCAGCACCGCGUGGAAGGCAAAGGGGUGUGCUACGACUCAUUCGACUAUGCCAACAUGGACGCGCACUUUACGACCAUCAAGUCCCGCUUCGACGCCGUGCGCACGUACCAGACGCAGAACACGCUCCUCGGGCUGCUGUGGCCCAAUGGAACCAACACCACAGUGCACGUGCCCGACGGGCCCAACUCCAUAGACGUUGCGGCGCGCCACAACCUGCUCAUUUACGCCGGGGUGUGGAUUCGGAGUCCAUUUUUCGAGGCCGACUUGCAGGCCGCCAUCGACGGCGCGAGCCGCCACCCCGCGUCCGUCAAGGCCAUCUUGAUUGGCAACGAAGACCUGAGCAACGGGCUGAGUCUGCAGACCAUGGUGGACACGAUCAACGAAGCCAAGGCGAGAAUCCGCGCCACCCCCGGCCUCGAGCACAUUCCGGUGGGUACGGUGCAGACCGACGGCGACUGGAUCAAGUACCCGUCGCUCGCCGCCGUGUGCGACGUGGUGGGAGUAAACAUGUAUGCGUUCUUCGACCCGUACGACUUUUCCACGAUCAACAACGUCAUUCCACACAUGAACCACCGGUGGCAGGCCAUGGUGUCGCGCUUCGGGAAGAAGGCGCUGCUGACGGAGACGGGGUGGCCCACGGACGGCGGCGGGCCCUUCCGCAACCACCAGGCGAGCAUCGAGUCUGCCAUCAAGCACUUCUGGGACGUGCAGGAUUGGAUGGACACGAACGGCGGCGAGCACCCCAUGUACUUUAUGUUCCACGACAACCCAGCCAAGUCUACUGACAUUGCAACACUGUUUGAAAACUACUUUGGGUUGGCGUACCCGAGCGGUGCAUGGAAAUUCGACGUGUACAACCGGCCAGUGCCGGACCCACGGUGGAGCCUCCCGUUUAAGAUUGCCACGUCCCGCGACCACGUGCUCCGAUGCGACGGCGGCGGGCUGUUCAAGGGUCCGUCCGACAACGCGAACGACCGGUGGUCGUACGACGUCAAUACGCACCAGGUCAAGUGCUGGCAGCAAGGCACGUGCUUGGAUGGGUUCUGGGACAGCGCCAACCGGUUCACCGUGCACAUGUAUGCGUGCAAUGCUGCAAACAACAAUCAAAAGUGGAUCUUCUCCGAUUUGCGACUCAAGCACGAGAUCUAUACGAACCGAUGCCUCGACGCCGACCGGUCCGACAUCCACGUCCAGGUGUGGCCGUGCCAAGCCAACAACAACCACCAGCUGUUUACCAUUGCCGGCGACAUGGGCCACGUGUCGCUAGUGUCUAUCGACAGGAAGCGGACACUAGUGGCUGCAGCCGGGACAGACCGCGACGGCGGCGAAAGGAUCGCGUUUGCGCACGGCUGGUUCCCCUCCCAGGGGUGGGUACCCGCGGACGGCCAGUGGACGUUCCUCCACGACAAGAACAUGGUCAUGUCGGAAAGCCGCCGCAAGUGUUUGGACGCGCCGCACAACGCGAAUGGCUCGCCCAUCCACUUGUGGCCAUGCAAUGACAGCAAUGGCAAUCAAAAGUGGGCGUACGAUGCCACGACCAAGCAGCUCCGACACACGACACACAAGGGGUUCUGCUUGGACAUGGGCUCGAACAACGGCUACCGACCGCAUCUGUGGGAAUGCCAUGCCCCCAACGACGCGUAUGUCAAGUUCCAACAGUUCAACUACGCCGUGUAAUGAACGAUAUCUCGGCCCACUACACUAUAAUAGUAUGACGACAGGUUGGAGAUUUGAAGAAGAGGCAGGGUUGGCCACCGGCAUCAUGUUUGCAAUGCCGUUUGUGUACUAGAGUGGGGAGGAGACUGGGUUGGGGCAUGUCAAUUGACGCCUUCGUUGCUUGCAAGUUUAAGCUCUACUGAAGGCAGUUUCACGAGC